AUGAUGCCGAACGGAAAUGGAAAUGAGUUGGCGAAUACCACAUCAGCUCCUACCACGGCAAGCUAUGGUGCUCAACAGCUUCAGUCGACAGGCCUGCAGGGUGUUAUUGAGCCCACUCUAGUUUCAAACAGGAUAUCUUUGUGGGAUCGCGCAUAUGAUGCCCUCGCAGCUGAAGAUCCGAAUCUCGUUGAGGAGUAUAAUGCCGUGCUCUGUCUUCCCUCAGGUUCACAUUCUUCCAAAGCCUCGCGACGGGAUGCCCUCACAUCAGCAAUCCAAGACGGUAUGCAGAUGAUUGACGACAAAAAGAUCAAAUACCGAUUCCGAGGCGAGACUUUCGUUCUGGAAGAUCAGGUCACCACGGCGAUAGACAUAGUACUUGCGGCGAAGAACGUCGUUUCCGCUGCUGUCAGUUCAUCAGCGGAAGCGUCGCUUGCAUGGGCCGGUGUCUGCCUCAUCCUACCUCUCCUUACGAACCCCAGCACAGCGAAGGAGGCGAAUGAAAUCGGACUCGCCUACGUCACUGGCCGCAUCAGGUACUAUACUGCACUCGAACCGAAAUUAUUCCCUAGGUCAAUAUCCGACAGCCAGAUGGUGACUGGCACCCCCCUUUACGAACUGGAGGUGCAAGUGAUCGCGUUGUAUCAAAAUGUGCUACGCUUCCAAAUCAAAAGUGUGCUGCGGUUUCAUCGGAAUGGCUUGAAAAACUGGUCGCGAGACGUCAUCCAGUACGAUGACUGGAAAGGCAUGUUGGAUCAGGUUAAGGAUUCAGAAAACACAGUGUACAGGGGACUAACCGCAAUUUCUACACUCGCACAAUCCGAGGAGCUGGUCCAGCUGAACGAAGUGACCAAGAAAGUGGAGGGUCGCAUCCUGCAGUUGCUUUCUGUUCAAAAAGAAAACAUCAAGGUCGCAGAGGAAAAUCGCAAAAUCAAUGCGGAAAUCCUCAGGCGCCAAAUCGAGGCGGACAAAGCUCGUCUCUCGAAGGACGAGCUUAAUCGUCUGCAACUGUUCCAUAUUACCGACUACCAGCGAUAUAAGGAUCGAGUCGAGGACCGCUUAGAAGGGACCUGCGAAUGGUUCUUAGGUCAUGAGAACUACGAAGAGUGGCUAAAGCACGACUCCAAUCUGUUACUAGUAUCAGCUGAUCCAGGGUGCGGCAAAUCAGUACUGUCGAAAUUCCUCAUUGACCACCAGUUACCGAGAUCUGCCACUAUUUGUUAUUUUUUCUUCAAGGAUCAAGACCAGAACACAUUCAAACAAGCUCUCUGCUCGCUCAUUCAUCAGCUCUUGUGCAACAGCCCAGCACAGCUCCGUACUUUGGAUAGAGUCACCAGCAAUACCAUCGAGAUGCCGUCUGAUCUCGAGAGUAUAUUCAAACAACUUCUGAUUGAAAAAACGGAAUACAAAGAGAUGUUCUUUGUCCUCGAUGCCUUGGAUGAAUGUUCUGAGGAUGGCGUCGAAGAGCUAGUCGAUCUUCUAAAAGCACAUCGCUUGCAUCAAAUCAACAAUGUCAAAUUCCUGUUGACUGCCCGGCCUUACUAUUGCAUCACAUCCAAAUUUCGGGAGCUACAGGAAGAAUUCCCGAAAAUCAGAAUUCCCGGCGAACAUGAAGAUCAGUCUCAAAAGAUUAGCAAGGAGAUCAACCUUGUCAUCAACUAUCGUGUCGCCAAGUUAGACUUGAAGAACCCCUUCAAAGACUACCUGAAACAACGGCUUCUGGAGAUCCAACAUCGAACGUACCUUUGGGUUCAUCUGAUAUUCGAAUACUUCAAGAAGCGUCUCAUCAAGAGGACGGAAACUGCAAUCGAAAACGCAAUUCGUACUCUGCCUGAAUCUCUUGAUGAUGCCUACGAAGCCAUUCUCAGGCAAGGAAAUGACCACAAGUUUGCGCAAAGAGCAUUAUCCAUCAUGCUUGCCGCAUAUCGCCCACUUUCAGUACGAGAACUCAACACCGCUGUCAAUGUCACGAAAGAAUCAAAUUGCCUUGGAGAUCUUGAUCUCGAGGACGACGAUGACUUUGAGAAACGACUCCGUGAUGCAUGUGGACUCUUUGUAUCUGUCUACGGUGGGAAGACCAAAGACGAGAGAAUCAUCAGGCCUGGAAAGGAUCCGUGA